GUAUUGUACGCACUCGCGGGUUGCUCUAGCCGUGGAGAAAGAGUAGGUUGAAGGUCCUAGCUUGAUAAUUUCGAUCGAGGCGCCCUACGGUCAGAGGACAGCCGCAGCACGAUGCUUUUCACGGGCUUGCUCGCAUCGCGCCUCGCGGCUCCGCAAGCCAAGCCCAGACCUUUGCACCGUAAUUUCCAAUGCGAUCGUAAUUCCUAAAGAGGCAGGCCACCGUAAUCAUUCGCUGCAGUCACCCACCACCUGUCCUCGACUUUGCAUCCCGUUUCUUCCGCUCUCACCACUCUACGUAACCCCCGAUGGCGAUCGCGCGGAGCUACGUCGUCUCUCGCCCGGCGCCGGCGCGCUACGGCUCGUCACCAGACCUCUUAGCGUCGCUGCAGCAGUCGUUCCGGGCGGCGCGCGUGUGGAGCACGUUCCAGCAGCUGUUCGGCUUCUUCGCGUUUCUGCUGACCCUCUGGUUCGUCACCGCGCGCCCCUGGCACUCCGCCCACACCCUCUCCGCCAGUUCCGCCGCCAACGGCGCCGCCUCCUCCGCCACCUCCCGCCUAAGCGCAAAUGGCGGAAGUGGAUUCAGCGGCGGGAGCGGGAGCAGCGGCGGGAGCAGCAGCGGGGGGAGGGUGUCGGGUCCGGCGGCGUACGUGGUGGUGGUGUGCGACGAGGCGCAGCUCAAGUCCGCCAUGGUGCUGGUGCACUCCAUCCGCUCCACCAAGACGCCGCACGACAUCGUCGUCCUCGCGCACAACCUCUCCGGCACGCCGCGCCACAUCUUCCGCGCGCUCGGCGCCAAGGUCAACCCGCUCCCGCGCCACGUGCCCGCGUCCGUGCUCGCGCUGCUCGACGACCCGUUCGGCCUCAACCCCCUCUCCGCCCUCAACGGCUCCUCCUCCGCCUUCCCCUCCGCCGCCUCCGCGGCGUCUCUCUCCGCGAAUCCCGCGUGGGACGUGUCGUCCCCCUUCCCCCCCGCCACCUUCACGGACCCCUUCUCCUUCAGCUCCGUGUACACCCCUCCGCCGCACCCCUCGUCCCUCGCCGAGUGCCUGCCCUUCAAGUUCUCCAUGUGGCUGCUGCUGCAGUACGCCAAGGUGGUCUACCUCGACCCCCGCAUGCUCGUCCUCGAGAACAUCGACGACGUCCUGGCUCGCCCAGAGCCUACCGCAGCGCCGGACAACUCGCUGCCGGAUCGGUUCAACCCAAGCCUGCUGGUGCUGGAGCCCAGCAUCGCCACGUACCGCCAGCUCGUCGCCGAGUACGCGGCCAUCGCCUUCGGAGACUCGGGGGACGCCGACAGCGCCAGGAGAGCGCUCACCGAAGGCGAGCAGCAGCAGCGCGUGCAGCGGCGGCGGCGGCGGGGUCCGGUGCUGCCGGUGGGGUCGGAGGACCUCAUCUUCUUCAACCACUUCUUCUCCGACUGGCCGCAGCUGGGCGCGCUGCACCAUUUGGACUACGGGUGCAACGCGCCGUCCAAGCUGGGGUACUCCGCCACGUGGAACGAGUGGGUGCACCCGAAGCUCAAGGUCGUGCGCUUCUCGGGGGGCUUCGAGCGCUGGGACGAGCUGACGGACAAGCUGUACCCGCCCACGCGGCGCUACGACCACCUGCGCUGGGAGCUGCUGCGCGACAUGUCCGGGCUGCUCGUGCAGCAGGGGGUCAUCGCGCCCGCCGACGCGCUGCCCAGCCCGCUGUGCCAGACGGACUACAUGCAGUACGCGCGCGGGGCGCCCGUGCCCAGGAAGCUGUCAGUGGUGAUCCUCACGGGGGGCGACCUCACCACGCUGCAGACGCUCAUCUUCCACUUCGCCGCCAUGCGCUUCGUGCACAUGAUCUACGUCAUGGCCAAACCCCUCGACGGCCUCGCAGGCAGCGGCGCCGCGGGUGGCAGCGGUGUAACUGACUCGUCAGGAGGCUUCAGCGUUGGUGGCAGCGGCAGCGGCAGUGGCGGAGCGAAUGUUGGCGGCAGCAGCAGCGCAUCGGGGCACACGCAGGCGAUCCUCUUGGCGGCCAUCGAGUCGUGGAACGCCAGCAAGCCCGUGGAGCUGCUGCCCCCUCUGCGGCGCUACUCCAUGUCGGCGCGCAUGCGCCCCAUCGCGUCGCUGCCCACGGACUGCAUCCUGCUGUGCGACGACUCCGUCAUGGUGGGCGCCUCCGUGCUCUCCUCCGCCUUCAAGUUCUGGCAGGAGCAUCCGCAGCGCCUCGUCGGCUUCUUCCCCUCGGCGCACUACAGGGACCCCCACACCAGCGAGCUCGUCUUCGUGGCGGACCCCAGGGAGGAGUAUUCGAUGGUGGGCGCGAGGCUCCUGCUGAUGCAUGCUGACUACCUGCAGUCGUACACGUGCACGCUGCCGCAGUCGGUGCGCGACUACAUCGAGAUGGUGCCGCAGUGCGCGGACACCGCGCUCAACUUCCUCGCCUCCGAGCUGACAGACGCGGCGCCGCUGCUCGUGGUGGACCCCGACAAGCGUGUGACGGAGGACCUGGCGUCGUCGUUCGAGGACCACACGCGUGUGGGGUCGGCGUGCCUGAACGACCUCGAGGCCAUGUUCGGGGACAUGCCGCUGCGCAACUCCACCCUCGCCAAGUUCCAUCUGGAGCAGGACACGUUCACCAAGAUGCAGUUCAAGAAGGCGGGUGGGGGCGCGGGCGGAGGAGGGGGAGGGGGCGGGGGAGGCGGGGGCGGGGGGGAGGGGGAGAAGGAGGGCGCGCUGCAGUGGGAGGCGCUGUUUGACUCGACCAAGAUGUCGUCCAGCGAUGAGAACUUCCGCUUCAUGCCGUCGCUGCGACGGGUGACCAACAUGCCCGAGGUGCACGUGUUCCCAUCCCCACAGCACCCCAAGCAGAUCCUCUGCAUCCUCGGCAACCUCUCAACCCCCCUGUGCUUCUCGGGCGGGCUGUGCAACAACUCCUUUGCCAUUGCCACCUUCGACUCCAUCCCGCCCUCCGCACUCAUGCUGCUUGGCACGUCGCUGCUGCUGCACUCGCGCUACGGCUUCGACGACCGCUUCCACACGCCCAACAUCCUCGCCAACCUCUUCUACCCGUACCCCGACUACUCCUUCAUGCGCCCCGCGCGUGCCUUCUUCUACCGCCGCGGCGGCCUUGACAUGCGCCUCUCGCCCUGGUCACGCCUGCUGUUCAAAGCCAUUCUCGGCGCGCACAUCGCACCCUUCCGCGUGCGCAACGGCACGCGGCCGGUGUGCUUUGAGCGCGCAGUGAUGACGCGGCGGUACCGGCCGGCGGCGCAGGAGCGCAGCAUCGUUUUGCAGGACGUGCAGGAGCGCGCCUGGGCCUACUGCUCCGUCGUCGCUGCCACCAUCCCCACUGCUGCCGCUGCUGCUGCUGGGAACAGCAGCGGGGGGGCGGGGAUGGCCCAGCAGCAGCAACAGCAGCAUCCGAUGGGGGGGGUGCCGGCCGGGCUGAGGGGGUUCGUGAGUUCGGACGCGAAGACGACCCGCGUGCUGGUGCUGUACGGCGACGCGGACAGUGGCGGGUACGGCAUGAUCGAGAACCUGCAGGCGGUGCUCAAGGGGCUCAAGGACCGCUGCCACCGGGGCACGCACUGCGAGCUCGUGGCCGUCAGAGAGGCCAACUUCACCAACUUCUGUGCCCAGGUACUGUUCAUGGGCGCAGCGUCCAUGUUUGUGACGGUGAGUGGCGACGGCACCAUGAACCACGUCAUGUGGAUGCGCCCCGGCAGUGCUGUGCUGGAGCUGGUUCCGUUCGGCAUCCCCGACUACGACCCGCGUGUGCUAAGGGUUUAUGAAGAAGCCGGCAGGUGGGUGCGAGUGGAGCACGACAAGGUGUUUGAGCACAUGGGGCCGGACUGCCCGCGCAAGAACGCGUCGUGCCGCUUCAUGUACCGGCGGCGCGCCAUCGUGGCCAACGUGACGGCGGUGAUGGAGUGGUUCGACGCCACGUACACGCGCAUGCGCACACAGGGCAAGGAGGGCACUCUGGGAGGCAGAUAUGGUGGCAGGAUAUGAGUAGGCAAGGCAGUUGGGCAUGCGUUACCACUUUGCUCUGUGUAACGAUGUCUACCACCCAUUCAUGGUGCCAGGGAGUAGUGGUAGGUAGCAUGGCUGUCAUCAACACUCUAGUUGCCUUGGUGGUGGAACAGCCAUGUUCUCGAAUAGUAGCGGGUUUUGGAGGUGGAUGGGGGUUUUGCCGUGCUAUGAGUUCUAGAGGUGCAUCUGUCAACUUAUACAUAUUAUCUAUGUAGAAGUUAUAGGCUAGACUGAGGUAUGCUUCUAGUGAGUACAACCAACUAGUAUUUGUUCUAGGUUU